GAGCCCUCCCUGCCCAUGGCAAUGCAGCAUCACAGCCCCGUGCCAUGCGCCCCAUAGCUGGGGCUGGAGCGGGGCUUUCACCUCUGUCGCAACGGCCUCACUUCCCCUCCCCGGCUCCAGGAUGGGUUGCGUGAAGUCAAAGGAAGCCGGUGUCCAAGAGAAGAUAAAAGCCGACCCUGACCCCAGCCCCAGCCUCCAGCAGGGGCACUACGUGAGGGACCCCACGGCCACCAACAGGAGGAGCAAUGACACCCACAGCGCUGCCGUGCCCCCCCCCGAGGAUGCAGGGUGCCCAGGGACGCCCCUCACUGCAGGCUCAGGGGACGCUGUGGUGCUGGCGCUCUAUGACUACGAGGCGAUGCACACCGGGGACCUGAGCUUCCAGAAAGGGGAGAUGCUGAAGGUGCUGGAGCAGUCAGGGGAGUGGUGGCGAGCGCGGUCGCUGGUGACGGGCCACGAAGGCUUCAUCCCCAGCAACUACGUUGCCCGCGCUGACUCGCUGGAGACAGAGGAGUGGUUUUUCAAGGGCAUCAGCCGGAAGGAUGCGGAGCGGCAGCUCCUCGGUCCUGGGAACGUGAGCGGAUCCUUCAUGAUACGGGACAGCGAGACAAGCAAAGGCUGCUACUCGCUGUCAGUGCGGGAUGGGGACAGCGUGGUGAAGCAUUACAAGAUCCGGACACUGGACAGUGGCGGCUUCUACGUCUCCGCCCGCAGCAGCUUUGACACCCUGCAGGAGCUGGUCCAGCACUACAAGGGGCAGAGCGAUGGGCUGUGCCAGAGGCUCACCUACCCCUGCUGCGUGCCCAGGCCCCAGAAACCAUGGGAGAAAGAUGCCUGGGAGAUCCCUCGGGAGUCGCUGAGGCUGGAGAGGAGGCUGGGAGCCGGGCAGUUCGGAGAAGUGUGGAUGGCUACCUACAACAAGCACACCAAGGUGGCGGUGAAGACGAUGAAGCCGGGCAGCAUGUCCGCCGAUGCCUUCCUGGAGGAGGCCAACCUGAUGAAGACGCUGCAGCACGCCAAGCUGGUGAGGCUGCACGCGGUGGUCACCAGGGAGGAGCCCAUCUACAUCAUCACCGAGUUCAUGGAGAAAGGGAGCCUCCUGGAGUUCCUGAAGAGCAGCGAGGGGCGCAGGCAGCCGCUCCCGAACCUCAUCGACUUCUCCGCGCAGAUUGCAGAGGGGAUGGCUUACAUCGAGAAGAGGAACUACAUCCACCGCGACCUGAGAGCUGCCAACGUCCUGGUGUCGGCAGCGCUGCUCUGCAAGAUCGCAGAUUUCGGGCUGGCCCGGGUCAUUGAAGACGAUGAGUACACAGCACGGGAAGGUGCCAAGUUCCCCAUCAAAUGGACUGCCCCCGAAGCCAUCAACUACGGCUCUUUCACUAUAAAGUCAGACGUUUGGUCCUUCGGGAUCCUCCUGACCGAGAUCAUCACCUACGGGCGCAUGCCCUACCCAGGGAUGACGAGCGUGGAGGUGAUCAGGGCGCUGGAGCGCGGGUACCGGAUGCCCCGCACCGAGAACUGCCCCGAGGAGCUCUAUGAUGUGAUGAUGAGGUGCUGGAGGAGCAAACCUGAGGACAGGCCCACCUUUGAGUACGUGCAGAGCAUCCUGGAGGAUUUCUUCACUGCCACAGAGAGCCAGUAUCAGCAGCAGCCGUGACGCAGGGAGCCUGGGGAAGGCAGGGGAUAGCCAGCACUCUGCACCCUGUGCUGGUGGCAGUGAACACAGGCUCCCUGCUCUUCCCAUCCCACUUGUGAUCUGCCUGCUCCCACCUCCCUCUGCCUGCCCGGCCCAGGAGCUUGAGCCUUCCUGCUGUGGUUGGGCUGGAAGCAGGGCAGGAGGAAGCCGGGUGAAGGGAGAUGUGACCCAGACAUGCACCCUGUGCCUUUCACAUGUGCCUGAGCGGCCUCAGUGCCGCUGCUCCGGGACGCACGGGCUGGACAGU